AACCUUUUUCAACAACCCAUCAAAUCCAAAAUGAUGUAAUACCCCAACUUACAGGUGUUACAUCUUGUCAUCAGACGUUUUUGAAAGGAAAACCAAAAGCUUUAGGGAUAGUGCUGAUCGUCAUCUCCAUUUGUGAGAUCCUGUUUGCUAUUUCAUUGCCAUUUCUUGCAUUGACUAUUACUUUCAUGAGUUUUAUCCAAUUCUGGGGACCGGUUUUCUACAUCAUUGCUGGAUCUCUUACAAUCAGAGCUCAGAAAAAGCCAUCUAUCAGACUGGUUAAAUCAUCUUAUGGUUUGAACAUUGUCUCAGCGAUAUUCAGUAUUACCGCAGUGAUAAUUAAUAUAGUGGAUUUUUGCUUCAUAAAUUGUGACAAUUUUUAUAACUGUCAUGAUGAGGGGGCCGGUACAUAUACAAUUGUUUCCAUCCUCCUUGUUAUGAAUCUUCUGGUGUUCUGUACUGCUGUCUCAAUUGCUGUGUUUGGUGGUCGUGCUUUGGAAGAGGUGCCAACAAAUGUCACUCCGGUGUUCGUGAUUCAAAAUGUUGUCUCAAUGCCUCACUCUUCCUAUCCAGAAAAUUCUUCCGAGACCUCCAUUCCUGCUCCUCCUCCUCCUCCUCUUUAUUUUACUUCAUAAAAGACCACCCACAAAUCACCUAUGACAUAAAGAAUAAUCUAUAGCAAUAAAAUCAGAAACAGAUUAAACUGUCCAAUGUGUUAUGAGCUUUAUAUGAUGACCUAUGUAAGCACAGCAUAUCACAGCUACAGGUCCAUACUCCUUGUAGCUAAAAUUGCACAAAAAUGUUGUGC